UGUAAAUAACUAUUGGACUGGUUUAGUUAUUAUAUCGUUGAAUAUUCACCGGAUAAGUUGGAGAAGAAGAGCAGUCUAUCCGUUCCACGCGCUUGCCAGCUGAUACAUCAACAAGGACUAACACGUUAAUGUUCAUAUGUUGAAAAUAUUUAAGCUGAUUGCCUCACAUAAUCUAGUCAAACUGCCAGAAACGGGUACAAAGAUGGUGAAAAUUACAAAAGUUGGUUCCUGUAACAAGAAGAUUUGCAUCAGAAACCGUAACCAACGUUACAACUUCGGCUAUCGUCCCGACAUGUCAGACAUUCGCCUUGACGUGACGGCCGGCCAUUCGCCCAUCUUCCAGCGAAAUCCAGCCCAAACAGGUCACCAAGCCGGGAACCAAUCCAGAGCACUGAGUCUGUCUCAGGGAAACGGGAACCAGGGUGGAAACUGGGGUAUUGAGAACUGCCCAGACCGCGACGCCUUCGUAGCCAUGCACAUUGCUUAAAUUUGAUUCCUUACAAGUGCAAUGCAGCGAACUUACUGAUUGCCAUACGUCGAUGAAUCUCAAGAAUAACUGUUAUAACCAUAAUGAUGUGAAUGAAUUAAGUUUAUGUGAUAUAAUAUGUAUAAUUGAAAUAAAUACAUAAAAUUGA